AUGCGUCGAUUACACCCAAUCUUCUGGCUUGCUUCUUUAAGCUGUCUUGUCGCGGCUGAUUCUUGGUCACCGCCGGACGGCCCAUCUCUGUAUGGAAACGGUUCCUACGCUGCGGACGUUCUUGUGCUGGCGGGCAAUGAGACGUGGACGAACUACCCAGACAACGAAGACUCUUCUGGCAAUACCCACACUUUCAAGAAGCGUGCCGAGGAUUUCUACCUGCGGAUCCUUCCUCUCGGUGCAUCAAUCACCAGGGGCGCGUUGCGCGAACAACUAAGGUUUGAGGGCUGGAAAGUCAACAUGGUUGGAUCCAAGCAGGAUGGCACUAUGGCUGACAACGACAACGAAGGGCAUCCGGGCGCCUGGGUGCACCAAGUGAAUGAGAAAUUUCGCCUUUCAUCCUACCAGAAGCCCAAUCUCGUACUGAUUAACGCUGGAACGAAUGACUGCGAGAACCGCCAGGACCCAGAGACUACAAUCAAGAAUAUGAGGACAAUGAUUGACGAGAUAUUCAAGACACUGCCGGACACAACGGUCAUCCUCUCGUCUCUGGUUAAAAGUGGAAAGGAUGAUGGCAUCAAGGCCUGCGCUGCAGCCGUGAGCCAAGGAUAUCGCAACCUGGUCUACACGACGUAUCGCGGCUACAGGAUCUCUUAUGCCAACAUUCACGAUGCCAUAAGCCUCUCUCAGAUUGGAGAUGGAACGCAUCCGACUGAUGAGGGCUAUAGGCUCUUUGCUUCUGUGUGGGUGGCUGCCAUCAAUCGAAUCGCGAAGAAGAUCAAGCCGCCGCCCAACGUCGAGACGGUCAAUGAUGCCGAGGUCACCAAAACGACCAAAUGCCAGAAAAUUCCCGGAACUGCUCGACGAGUUCAAACUCAACGAGGUAGCGGCCACGAUGAUGGGAACUAUGUUCACGAUCGUGUUGAGCGAGGAAUUGUCGAAUCAGGAAAGAUCAUUAAGUACACGAGGACAUCUGCCCCAGGAUCCCCCACCGACUAUAUGUUCUUUGCGAACAUCGUCAAGGGGGACCCGAACUCACCACGUAGUGCAUCACUCGAUGACCUCGUCUACGCGACCAUCGACGCAAGUCAGGAGCUUACAUGGAUGUAUCGUCGGAACUUGGCCGCAGGGGGCUCAUUUGGGCCAACCGUGGAAUUUGAAACGGACCUCAAUUGUGGCGUGAACGAUACUUAUGCCUUCGGAGACUUCAACAACGAUGGCCUGGAUGACUUCUUCUGCAUCAAACCCGGGGCUUCAGUGUGGGCUUCACUGAAUAAGGGUGGCACACCACCAGCCUUCCGAUCUAUCGGCCAGGCAACUACUAAUCAUCGCGACCUGCAGAUCAUCGGCCCCAGUGAAAGAACACAAAGAGAGGUUCGCAUGGCGGACAUUGACGGUGACGGAAGAGUCGACUUUUGCCUAGUCAGUGAUGACGAUGUCAAGUGUUCCCGAAACGGUGGAAAGGGAGACGAGCAUUUCUGGCAAGGGUUUCAGACUGCUAGUAGUAUCAGGGAAACUGUGUUCAACGCUAGGAGUGGGCCGUUGUCGGGCGUUGAACUUGCCGACCUGAAUGGCGACUACCGAACUGACUUCCUGUACGUGGGAGACAACGGUAACGUGGACACAUACAUCAACCAGCGCGGAUCGGGGAAGGGUAUUGUCCCUGACUGGCGAAAGGCCGGAGUCACGCAUCCUGGUCAAGCGGUGACGGGUGUCCGUGGCAACAUCAAGUUUGGCCGCAUCUACGGAUCCGGUAGGCUUGAUUAUAUUUACAUGAAAGAGGAAGAAGAGUGGUUUGAUAUGAUUGUCUUCGAAAACAAGGGAUCGGGGGGCACAAGACGUAAAGGUGAUGGCAACUUUUACUGCGACAUGCGCGGUACUGGCGCUGAUGAUCUCGUUUGGAUCUACUACGACGGCCGAGCGGAUGAGAUCAACACGAACAUCCAUUCCCCGCCGAAUUGGGGCCAUGAUACCUCGAUCACGCUGACAGUACCCGGACCCCGGACGGGCAUUCACUUAGCUGAUUGGACCGGAAACGGAAGAUGCGAUGUGCUUGUCCAAAAUAAAGCUACCGGGGCUCUGACGUUGUAUGAAAACAACUACGAUGCUGGCGCAAAGGCACUCACGUUCAGCAACCGGGGCGUUGUUGCAAACACUGGCUGCACAGAAGGCUGGGGCGUGGGUAUCUUUGAUAGAGGCAUGCGCUUGGCAGACAUUGAUGGCGACGGGCGAGCCGAUCCUAUUUGCAUUGAGUUAAGUGGCCGGAUGACUGCCUGGCUCAAUAGACAGAGUGGCCUUUUCGAUGCUGGCCAGAUCAAAUUUGCAGAAUCAUGGGAUCGCGCUAAUAUCCGCUUUGCCGACGUGGAGAACUCGGGGAGGGCUGACAUCAUCUGGAUGAACAAAUACACUGGAGCCAGCACAGUCUUCAAGAACAAUGGCUACCAGAGCGGUGGUGCCGCUGGAGGUUCCUCUUUCUCUUGGACAAACCGGGGUGUCCUCUACAGCGGCGUUGACCGUGGAGAAUGUUUGCACUUCGCAAAUCUCGGCGGGCUAGGGCGAGCUGAUCUCAUCGAAGUCGACCCUGCAACGAAUGCAGCAUACACCAACUUCAACGAAUGCAACGGAAGCGGCGGCGAUGAUGGCGCCGUCAGCGACCCUGGAUUGCCAUCAUACUCUACCAACGAUCCGCUCAUCCUCUGGGACUAUGCUCCUGUGUAUGCCCAAGACAGCAACCCACCAUAUCCACCUCUCAAGAAUGAGGAUGAGUCCGACAUUGCUAUUGAAAACCUGCGCGAGACUCGUCUCUUUGGAUUUUACCAGUGCGAUGCUGAGACGUUCAGCAACAUCAAAAACGGCUGGCGUGACUUCAACCGCCUCAGUUUGAUGGACCGCCUAUCGAGCAAUAUCGACUGGAACAGCCAAGGCAUCAAUGAGUUCUUCGGACAAGGCGACAGAAAGACAAUGUCUGACGAUAAGAAGAAACAGAUCCAGAACAUCUUCUACUACACCUCCCAGAUGUGGACCCAUUGGUGGACAGACUGGGGUCCUCCCAAUUACAUCGACUCGUGGCAGUACCUGUGGAUUGAGGUCUCAUGCAGCCUCGGCGAUGGUUCUGGGGACCCCGAAAACUACUGCGGAGACAAGGAAAAUCCUUCUCAAGGAGGUCCCGCUGCCCUGAUAACGUGGAAAUGGGACGAGAACCGCUAUACGCGGGCGCUUGUCUGCAGGAAGUACACUACCCUGGGGAAGGAUUUGGACGACCUAACAAGAUAUAUGAACACAGAGAAGACUGCGGAAGACCGUCUGAACUUGACAAACUGGGAACACGCUAGGGGAGGGUAUUGGCUGCACGAGGCGACGCAUAUGGAUUAUUUCAUGAACACACCAUCGUCGGGAUCGGGACCAGUCGUCAGAGACCUCCUUGUCGACUACAGUGACGGUCGCGGGGAUAGGAAAGCCUACGGUAUUGGCAAUGCUAAGCAAUUAGCCAAUUACGAUCGUUACUUCACACCCGGCGAGUAUACGCAACAAAACUGUAAGCUCCAAUCUUCCUCGGUUGACAAUGGAGGGCAUCUCAGCAACUAA